AUGUCGUCGACAUUCUGCAAUCAGCCAUCGACCGACGUCCGUAACGGUGCAUCCCCCAAUUCAAAGAAGCUCGUCGGUCUCGGUCAGGGCGGCAUGCAAGCCGAGCUCCGUGCAAACUUGCGCAAGAGGCAGGUCGCCGAGCUCGCUCACGUCUCGGGAAGAGGUUCGGCCAUUCAUGGCUGGUUCUACGCCUUGCUUUCAGAUCUGGCCUACUAUUUCUUCAGGUGGUUGCCUCGAACCUGGUGGGUCACGUUUACCAGCCUGCCUCAGCUCGUGCUCGACCCGCUCGGCUUCUGGUCCGCUCUCGUCUUUGCAUCUGUCACCACGGUCGUGCUAUUCGGCAGCUUGAUCGUAAGCGCCAUCUGGCGACUACCCUUCGUCCAGGCCAUCUGGCAGCCCUGGUCGCAAAAACAUGACAUCAGUCUUGCUAACCUUGCUUAUCCCCUCAUCUUCGAGUUCAAUGCCGACCCGCGCAACAAGCAAAUUCGCGAUGCUGCCUUUGCAGUCAUGUCGGACCCCGCGUCCAAUGCCACGCACUCAACGGCGGAAGAGCGCAACUUCGAUCUCGAGGUCUCCAAGCUCCUCAUGAUGCUCUCUGCGCUCGUGUACGAACGCAACGUGGGUGCAUACUACGACGCCGUGCGCACGGCUCACAAAGCCCAAAUGAUGGACAAACAGCUCAUGAGCGGUCCCGACGAUCUCACGGUCAUUGGCGAGGAGAUCGGCCAGAAGCUUGCCAUCGCCGACUCAAAGAUUGACCGCGUUGCCAAGCAGUGGGGGCUCAAGUAUGCCAGCAUCUCUGAGCUGGCCACCAACACGUCGCCCCUGUGCGGCGCCUUUUGGGAUCCCCGAAACAACUUUAUCAUCCUCGCCUUUAAGGGCACCAAUCCGGUCGAGUUCAAGGAAUGGGCCAUCGACUUUACCUUUGACUACACGGACGGGCGUGGCUGGCUGCCUGGAUUCACCAAGGUGCACGCCGGCUUCUACAAUCAGAUCUUCCCACAACAGCUCAAUCAGACUAUCCCGCCGCCUUCCGACAACACUGUAGGAGCGUUUCCAUACACCAAGAUUCGCACAGAGAUCAAGAAGAUCGUCGAGGAGAUCCGAGCUACCACUGGCCGUGAGCAUGUCAAUCUGUACGUGACGGGGCACAGUCUGGGAGCCGCGUUGGCUAGUGUGUUUUACUCGCGCGCCAUUGCCUCGCCCAAGGACUUUGGUCUGGCGGGCGACGGCGGGAACCGGAUCUACGUGCGUGAUGCCUACUGCUUUGGCACGCCCAUCAUCGGCGACCCGGACUGCAUCUCGGCCUUCAACCAAGCUUUGCAUGAGGGGGAUCUCGACCAUCCGCAGGUUCUGUGGCGUGUUACGAACCGGCGCGAUGCCGUCGCCACACUGCUGCCGGAUGCUGGCGACAGCAACAGGCUUGAACACAUCAGCCCUACUAGCCAGCUCCACUUUGCCCACGUCGGCCAGGAGGUGCAGCUGAGCAACGAUGUUCGCAAGGUUUACACUGGUCCGGGCACCUUGCUCCCGACUCAGACGCCUGUCAACAUCAUCACGCACCUCGACCACCGCGGCCAGGGCCCCGACGUUUCGCUGCCGUUGGUGUUCAACGUGCUCAAGCUGAUUCCCCUUGUGCGUCGCCUGGUUGCACACACGCCGUCGUCGUACUGGGACCGACUCACCAAGGUGCAGGACGAGCACGGCGUACAGUAUGCCAGAGCACACUGA